CUCGUGGUGUCUUGAGCAUUCGAUUCCCCCUUCGUUCUUCGUUUGAGACGAGGUAAUUAAAUUAAUGAGGACGAUGAUUGACUUGGGGAGCCAGAGGGGCAGUGGCCUCUACAUCAUCGAUACUGCCACCGCCGUCGACUGCACCAAGGACGUCCGCUUCGGCCGCCGCUCCUUCCGCAGUCUGAUCGAGUGCGUCGUCCCCUGCUGCGCCGGCUUUCCCAUUUCCUCCAACGCCUCCGCCUUCGACGAGGACGACUCGGACAACAAUUCCACCGCUGCUGCCGUGACUGCUCCCGCUCCCACGGUCGCCGCCGCCACGACCGUCACCGGCACCUUCUUCGGCCACCGCCGCGGCCGCGUCCGGUUCUGCGUCCACGACCACGCCGCCGCGCCGCCGCUGCUGCUCCUGGAGUUCACGGUGCCCACGGCGUACCUCGCGCGGGAGAUGCAGCACGGCCUGCUGCGCGUCGCUCUGGAGAGCGGCGGCGGCGGAGGCCGCGGCCCCUUGCUCAGCACGCCGGUGUGGACCAUGUACUGCAACGGGCGGAAGGUGGGCUUCGCGAUCCGGAGGCGGCCGACGGAGGCCGACGCGGAGGUCUUCAGGCUGAUGCGGUCGGUGUCGGCGGGGACCGGAAUUCUGCCUGCCGCCGCCGGCGGCGGCGAGGCAGGGGACCUGCUUUACAUGCGAGCGAGCUUCGAGCGGGUUAUCGGGUCGACGGACUCAGAAUCGUUCCACAUGAUCGACCCGGCAGAGGGAAGAGGAGGACAACAGCUCAGCAUCUUCCUCUUCAGAACUUAGAUUUCAAUGGAAUCUAAGCACAUCGAUAAUCAAUAAAAAAAAAUGGCAGAAUAUUAUAAACCGAAUUAAUUUCGUGUAAAUAAACUUGUAUCGUAUUUUCCCAAUUAUAUAUAAAACUUCUUAUCGAUGCCAAAUCUAUCUUCAACUAGCAAAU